AUGGCAAAAGCAGCAAAAAAAAGUAAACCUAAAAAAAUACCAUCGUUUUUCAAAUUUCAAAAAAUUCUUAAGCCAUGGAUUAAAAAGUACGACAAAUACUUUGCCGGUUGUUUGGCAAUAAUAGUAACCACAUUUAUAUUCAUGAUUGUUUUAAUCCUUAAAGAAAAAAAUUUCGAGAAACCUGAAACACAUGUAGAAGACCCCAAAAAUAAAAAUAACUUAAUGUUAUUUAAUCAACCAGAAAAAGCUAUAUGCAAAACUUCGAGUUGCGAAGACUGCCCCAACAUAUUAGUUACUUUAAAGUUAGUAAAUAUAAACUUUGAAGAUAAUGUUAAAAAAGGUUGGUUAAAAGAUAUAACACCUCCAGUUAAAUCAUUAUCGAUAAACUCUGAAUUAUUAAACGACAUAAAACCAAAAGCCUUCAGUGGACAUCCCUUUUCCAAGUUAUCAACACUAGAAAUACUAAAUUCAAAUAUAUUGUAUCUUAGAAGGGACAUGUUUAUUGGUUCAGCCAUAGUGGAUUUCUCAUUCGCCUUAAAUUAUAAAGGUAGCCGUAUUAAUGUGGAAAAAAAUGUUUUCGGAGCUAUAGCCGACACUUUGGCAAACCUACGCUUUACAAAAAGCAUAUACGAUGCCAAAGUUCUUCAUAAUAUAACUGGGAAAAACGUGGAUGAAACUCUAUUGUCACUGGAGAUCUUUGACCUUUCCGACAAUUCAUUGACUGGCAUUGAGGAGUAUUCAUUUAAUAAAACUGUUUUGCUGACAUCAUUAUAUAUACGAGAUAAUGGUCUAAAGAGUAUUGAUCGUUUAGCAUUUCGUGGUUUAGAUAAAUUAAAGCUCCUGUCAAUGACUUCCAAUGAUAUAUCGGUUUUAUAUGAAGGUGUUUUUCAACAUUUUAACAAAGAUGCUAAAAUAUACAUUGACGAAAACAAGUUUGAUUGUAACUGUAAUAUGGUUUGGUUUAGAGAUUAUUUUACGCAGCAUGUAAAUGACUACUUUGCUGAAACAAAGUUUAAAUGUUUUUAUCAAGAGAAUGAAGAUUAUAAAAACGUACAUUUUUGUGAUGACCCAUUUGAACCAGUAACAACUACAACAAAGAAGGAAAUUAUUUCUACGACAAGCAUUUCUAUCCCUAUAACUUCACCAACACCUACAAAAAACCUAAAAGAAAUCGAAUGUAAACAAGCAGUUUCAUCUUCAUCCGUGGAAUUUGAUUCUAAAGAAUUUUCUCAUCAGGACUUUAUCACCGAUGGUAUUCUUACUUUUAAGCGUCUACACUAUAAAGAAGACUUUUUCUAUGAAAUAGUAUUGGAUGAAAUAAAACAUGAGAAUUAUCACCUUAUAGUUUCAAAUGAGGGUUCCUUAAAUUGCCUUACAGACUUAAAGAGCGAUAUAAUCUUGCAAAAUUUAAGCUACGGAACACCAUAUACUUUUUGUUUUUUGAAGAAAGAAGAAACUAAAACUAAAAUAGAUGAUUGCGUAUCAUUCAAAACUCAGCUACAAUGGAAGGAUCAAGCGUUUCUGAAGAACAAACACAAAGCUGCAGUUAUAACAUCAGCAGUAUGUAGCAUGAUAUUUACCAUUGCUUUAACAUGCACAUCUGUAUUUUAUAUUGUCAGGCAAAAUCCCAAGUUGAUUAAAGCUAACAAGAGGGUUAUAAUGGUUGAAAAAUCCAAGUUCGAUGCCCUACUAAUGCCUAAAGAGAGUAAACUAAGUGAAAAUUUCAAAAUAAACAUAGCACAAAAAGAAUUUCAAUUCGAAUUUAAACAAAAUGAUUAUGAAGUAUAUGUGGAACUGGAAAAACCGUGUAUGGAUUUCUACGUGUAUUUCAAGAACCUUCAAGAAAUACAAUGUUACGAUACCAAAUUUAUAUCUUUAAGAAUACUAAAAUAUGGUACAACAUACACCACAUGCCUGUUGAACAAUGAAAACAAAACAGAUAUAGCAGUGGAGCAAUGUGUGGCAGUAACCACAAAAGAAGAUAUUUCAGAACAAACAUGGUUAACUUUGCACUACAAAAUAUGUUUUGUUUUGAGUAUAGUGAUUGGUCAUUUAUUUUCAAUAAUUAUUGCCAUGUUCAUAACGUAUUAUGUCAUAAGAAGAAACCCUGAGCUAAUAAAGGGAAAUAAAAAGGUUAUAGUUGUUAAAAGUAGAAAGGAAGAACGAAAAGAAGAUGAAGAUUCCAAUAGUUAUAUUACACCUUUAGCUACAUCUAUAAUUUCUUAUAAUAAACAAGAUAAUAAUGAAUAUUAUCCAGGAGUUUCCAUAGUUUCUUCAAGAUUAAACAGUGAACUUAAUAUAAAUGAGGAAUCAGUAUAUGAAAAUGAUUCUGAAUAUAUUUGA